GUCAGACGUCAGUGUCAGAUUCGUUUCAGUGACGUUUUAUUUCUUUUAGAAGUUUGUGAUCAUGGCGCGUGUACCACCACCACCGGCCGCGAUUAAAAAGGAUAAAAAGGAGAAGAAAGCUCCUAAAGAUAACUCCAAAAAUGUUAUGAGAAAUUUGCACAUCAGAAAGUUGUGCUUGAACAUCUGUGUUGGUGAAUCUGGUGAUAGAUUGACUCGUGCUGCUAAGGUGUUGGAACAGCUGACUGGUCAACAGCCGGUCUUCUCCAAGGCGCGAUACACUGUCAGGUCUUUUGGUAUCCGUCGUAAUGAAAAGAUUGCUGUCCACUGCACUGUCCGCGGGGCAAAGGCAGAGGAGAUCCUCGAAAGGGGAUUGAAAGUCAGAGAAUAUGAGUUGAGACGAGACAACUUCUCGGCCACAGGAAACUUUGGCUUCGGUAUUCAAGAACACAUUGACUUGGGUAUCAAAUAUGACCCGUCUAUCGGUAUCUACGGUCUUGACUUCUACGUAGUAUUGGGACGCCCAGGUUUCAAUGUCGCACACAGAAGGCGUAAGACUGGCAAGGUUGGUUUCCCUCACCGCCUGACAAAAGAGGAUGCCAUGAAGUGGUUCCAACAGAAAUACGAUGGUAUCAUCCUUAACAGCAAAAAGUAAAUUAAGUAAUAAACUCUAAUAAGAA